CGUGGAGUCCCAGUCGGCCAGGUUAGAACGUUCAUUCAGCAGCAGAGUCCUUCGAUUGCUGACUUUAAUCCCAUAAUCCCACUCCGACGCCUCCCAUUCUCAUUGAUCCUUGCCCACCUUUGUCCGUCCUCUUUAAUUCCGUCAUUCAUUUAUUCACUAGAGUUUUUCCCGCUUUCGCCAAGAUUCCCCGUGAAAUUGCUCCGCUCUCCCGAGGAGUUGCAUCGUUGAACUUGUCGCCUCGAUCGGACCUCGUGCCUACAGCGAUGCCAUUUGAACUUGUCGCGAUCGUUCAUCAGUAACCAAAACUAGUUCCGGUAUCUCCGAAACUGGUCAUUGCUCUUUACUGGAAUAAUUAAAUUCCUUAUCUCGGGUGGCCGAGCUGUAGAACGCAUGUCCAUGCAUUUUGAUUCGUUGGGUUUUAAAUGGAAUCGUGGAAAAAAGAUCUACCCUUCGGUUCCCCGAGUGAGAUCACCCUUUAAUGGCUCCUCGGGGCUGAGCUGGCACGGAGGAAUUUACAGAUAACUUCCUCCUCCCACCCUCAAAUGUCCCCUGUUCAUUCUACGGACCCCCCUCCCAGUUCCCAUAAUAUCCAAGAGAGUUCUUAGCUCUUUGGGCAAGAUAUUUUAAGUUGCCAGACACGCAGGAGGGAUCCACACCCUCGAGUAACUCAUCCCUUACUAGAAAACCACAGCCGACGCGACGCUGGUACUGGUUAGAAUAAAGUUAGAAGCAAAACAUUCUGCUUUACUAAAAGCUAACUUCCCCAUUGUCCUGAGAGAAAAAUAAGGCACGAUUACCAAGGUAAUAGGCCGAGCAGCGUUCUGCUGAUCGGAAAGAGAAUAUUCGUUUAAAAGGCUGCGACUUGUUUUCAUUGGUAGCCCGUCUCCCACGAGCGCUCCACGCGGAACGAGACGGGCUUGUUUACUGAUAAGUGCGUGGGAGAAACGGGACACCCGUUCCCAUUGAAUGACUGCGUGCCUCUGGCUCUACGCACACCAUAUCCAAUAGCAGUUCCUGCGACGUGCCCUCCAAGCUCUUGCUUUUGAUGCACCUCCUGUGGCUUAGUACUCUGUACUUGAAACGAGAAAUGGCAGCACACUCUAACGUAGACACUAAUCCCUGGAACGCUAACGAGAAGAUACUCCCUAACUUUUCCGAGUGUGAAUUUACUUAGAAAAAUACGAGAUCCGCCAAGAACCAUACUAGAGCUAGGAGCGAGUUCUUAAAUCACUUGGCACUUGGCGUGGCGAGGUUCUUCACGUCACUUAUCCGCGUAUUGCAAAUUGCUCCAGGACUUUCGUAAAAGGCUUCAUUAGUGAUCUGCAAUUUAAAAUGCGUCUCCAAGAGGCAGAAAUGCAAUUGCGCUUCAAGGUGCGACGAGAUGAAUCGGAUGUAUCAGGCAAACGUAAAGUAGAUUCAUUACAUCGAUAUAUCAAUUCCACGCGACGAACGACACUUGACGUUAUUCGUCCGGCGAUGUCAACUCUGAGGAAAACAUUGUUUUCCUCUUGUCGUCAAGUAAUUAACGUAAAUUCUCGAUCGACAUGUCUUGGUUCUUGAGACGUCAUGCAGCAAAAAAAGAAUAUAGAUUUAUACCGUGUUCAGUUUUAUUGUCAAUCGCCAUUCACUCGUAUUGCGUACUCUCCAUUUUCCUGUUAUUCUUUUAUUUUUUUUCAAAACGAUCAAAACAACGACACAAACUCAUCCGAUCAAACUUAAAUAACCACGCUGACUCUGAGAGACCAAAUAAUAAUAUGGGCAAGAGAGACGCCUGGUGGAGGCAAUCUAAACUCUUUAAGACGCUUCUUGCUUGUUCCUGCGCCCUUAGUACAAGUUCGCACGCAUCUCCAGCAGGAGUCUGUAGUUUUGUGCGGCGAGCGGCAGUGAAGAAUCGCAGGAAAGACGAUCAAAAUGUGUGGACGCACAGCCUGUACAUUAGACGCGGAGACGCUGAAAUGCGUCUGCGGAUACAAGGACGCCACAGGACGCUACCGAAAGGCCGAGUGGCAGAGUCGAGAAAAUGCCGGCCGGGACUAUCAGCUUUCGUACAACAUCGCGCCAACAGAUGUCAUUGCUUGCGUUGUAGCCGGCGAGCACUUCGACACAGAACAAGAGAGGGUUCUCUAUCCUAUGAUAUGGGGAAUGAUACCACCUUAUCACAAGGGUGAUUAUAGGAAGCACAAUCUUUCCACCCAUAACUGUCGCGUCGAGGGAAUGCGGUCCUCAAAGUUGUAUUCGACGCCUUUAAACAAGGGUUUCAGAUGCGUUGUUGUAUGCACUGGAUAUUUUGAGUGGGAAAAAACAAAAGAGCCGAAGCAACCAUAUUUUUUCCAUGCCCCGCAACGAGAAGGCGUGAACCUUACAGAAAUCCACAAGGACUCGAGCAAGUGGACCGAGAAAAAUGGAUGGGAAGGUGUACAACUUUUGAAAUUAGCUGGGAUUUUUAAUGCCUGGAAGAGCGAUGAUGGACACAUCAUCUAUAGCUGUACCAUUAUUACGAUGGAAGCGAACAAAGUCGUCUCGUGGAUGCACAAGCGUUGUCCUGCCAUUCUUCAAACGGAGGAUGAUGUGUCCGCAUGGUUGGACUUUAAAAGAGUGCCAUUGAGCGAUGCCGUUCAGCUUCUACGUGGCCCAACAGAGGACACUCUCAAAUGGUAUCCAGUUGGUACGGCGGUAAAUAAUUCACGAUACAAAGACGAGGAUUGCAUUCAACCCAUAAAACUAAAAGAAAAAAAGGAGAGCGGUGCCGCCGGUCUUAUGGCUUCUUGGUUGAACUCUAGUUCGCAAACAGCGAGCAAAAGACGAUCCACCGAUGAUGUCGAGGGUGGUGAAAGAACGGGCAAGUCCGAAGUAAAACGUGCCAAAAAGGAUCAACGAGGAUGAGCCGUCUACUUCAACUCCGUAAUGUUUGAAAGAUGCUUCAUAUUGACGUUUCAGUUUAUUUCAAAUGUUUCGGUAGACUUCAAAAACGUGCUACUCAAAUAUGUAAAUCGUGGUACCUGUAAUCCAUAAAAAUAAAUAAUAUAUUUGACACUCAG